CGGGGUUUGCGCUGUAGCCGGGUCUUGGCCGGGCGAAGGGCCAGCGGCGUAAACACCCACGGAGAGUCGCGUAGGAGCAGGUGGAGAACCUGAGAGGCAUCGCACCAGAAAAAUUGCAGAGCCAACUUAACUCGAAAUUGACAUCCUGGGCAGCCAAGCCUGUGCUGAGAGUAACUUGAUCAGGAUAGACCCUGGCUUCCCGUAUGGAUGCCCCUGACGUCUGCAUAGUUCAUUCUGUAGACACCUGAGCUUCUGAGGCCUUCAGCCAAGACCUCUGGCAGAAAUUAAAGGCUUUGGAUAAGCUGUUGCAGGUACUUCCGGAGGUCAGGCCAUGCUCACGUUCAUGGCCUCUGACAGCGAGGAAGAAGUAUGCAACGAGCGGACGUCCCUGAUGUCAGCCGAGAGCCCCACACCACGCUCCUGCCAGCAGGAGGCCAGGCAGGGCCUGGAGGACGGAGAGAAUGCUGCCCAGUGGAGAAACCAGGACAGCGAGGAGGACCACGAGGAGGACCCUGACCGCUACGUCUGCAGUGGGGUCCCCGGGCGGCUGCCGGGCCUGGAGGAGGAGCUGACCCUCAAAUACGGGGCGAAGCACGUGAUCAUGCUUUUCGUGCCGGUGACUCUGUGCAUGAUUGUGGUGGUGGCCACCAUCAAGUCUGUGCGCUUCUACACGGAGAAGAACGGGCAACUCAUCUACACGCCGUUCACCGAGAACACGCCCUCGGUGGGCCAGCGCCUCCUCAACUCCGUGCUCAACACCCUCAUCAUGAUCAGCGUCAUCGUGGUCAUGACCAUCUUCCUGGUUGUGCUCUACAAGUACCGCUGCUACAAGUUUAUCCACGGCUGGCUGAUCAUGUCCUCCCUGAUGCUGCUGUUCCUGUUCACCUACAUCUACCUCGGGGAAGUGUUCAAGACCUACAAUGUGGCCAUGGACCACCCCACUCUGUUGCUGACCGUCUGGAACUUCGGGGCGGUGGGCAUGGUGUGCAUCCACUGGAAGGGCCCCCUGGUGCUGCAGCAGGCCUACCUCAUCAUGAUCAGCGCGCUCAUGGCCUUGGUGUUCAUCAAGUACCUCCCGGAAUGGUCCGCGUGGGUCAUCCUGGGCGCCAUCUCCGUGUACGAUCUCGUGGCUGUGCUGUGCCCCAAAGGGCCGCUGAGGAUGCUGGUGGAGACUGCGCAGGAGCGAAACGAGCCCAUAUUCCCUGCCCUGAUAUACUCAUCCGCCAUGGUGUGGACAGUGGGCAUGGCCAAGCUGGAUCCCUCCUCCCAGGGAGCCCUUCAGCUCCCCUACGACCCAGAGAUGGAAGAAGACUCCUACGACAAUUUUGGGGAGCCCUCAUACCCUGAAGUCUUCGAGCACCCCCUGCCUGGCUACCCAGGGGAGGAGCUGGAGGAAGAGGAGGAAAGGGGUGUGAAGCUCGGCCUGGGAGACUUCAUCUUCUACAGCGUGCUGGUGGGCAAGGCGGCGGCCACGGGCAGUGGGGACUGGAACACCACGCUGGCCUGCUUCGUGGCCAUCCUCAUUGGUUUGUGUCUGACCCUCCUGCUGCUCGCGGUGUUCAAGAAAGCGCUGCCCGCCCUCCCCAUCUCCAUCACGUUCGGGCUCAUCUUCUACUUCUCCACGGACAACCUGGUGCGCCCGUUCAUGGACGCCUUGGCCUCCCGCCAGCUCUACAUCUGAGGGGCGCGGCUCCGCGGCUGGACGCUGUAGACGCCCGUAGCUGGACGCAGCUGUGUAGUCUCACACUCUAGUGCCAUUCAAGACGUUUUUGCUCCUUAGGAAAAAAAACCCAACAAGAAUAAAAGAGUACCAGGUUCACUUUGCGGAGGAGGACCAGCCUCUUGGUGCUAGCCAUUUGGUCGCCAGGAGCAGCCCCUCCAGGAGCACACGCCUCACCGGGAAGCUGGGAGUCGAUCCGGGUGAAUGAAGGAAGGGGAUGUGGUGGCGGAGGAGCUUGGAGAAGGCCGUCUGGGCACGCCUCGAGCCGGAACAUUCCGAGGGCCAAGAUGAAGGAAGGAGCCUGUGCAUACCAGGACCAGAAUCGCAUGCCCAGGACAGCAGGGACCGCCUGGGCACUCUGGCCGAAGAAGAAAAGCGCAGUUUCUCUGCAAGGAUUGUCCCCAGUGCUUUGUCUAUGAUGUCAUUGUUAUUCUAUUGCCUUUAGAAAUCAAGUCCUAAUCUUGUUCCAGCAGUUCCUCUGGGAAGUGGCGCGAUAUUAGCAUCAAUAAAGAGAUGGAUCCUGGUGGAACGGCGGA